AUGAAGUAAGUCUUAGGAAAUUUGCCAUCAUAGAUUAAAAACACAAUAUUGAAACGAUUGUCUAAUAAUGAAUCACUUUUAGAGUAUAAAAUUCAAUAGAAUACUGAUUGUAAAGAAGCAUUUGAAUGGGAUCUAGAUGCAUCUUAAAUAAAUCAAACUGCUUUAGCAUAAAUAGUUUCUGCUGAUUUUAGAGAUAGCACUAUAACAUUAAGUUACGAAAAAUAAUAAUUACUUAAUAAAGUAGAAAAAAAAAAUGAGCUUAAUCAUUUAUAUAUUCUAUUCCAAUUGUUGGAGGCUUGCUAUGAAUUACAUAAGAAAUCUAUAUUAGGAAGAUGCUUAUCUACAUCAACAAUAGAGAUUGAUUCAAGUUCAUAGAUAAAAAUAUAUAGAUAUGGAUUUAGUCAUAAUUUAAUUAAUAAUGAUGAAAUAAUACUAUUAGCUCCUGAAACGAUUUUCGAAGAUAAGGUUUAAAUAAGUAGUGAUAUAUGGUUAAUAGGAACGAUUAUCUAUGAAUUAGUAUUUCAGAAAUCGAUUUCUUAAUUUAAAUAUCCUUAAUAAUUUGAGUAAUAUAAAAAUUUCAUCAAUAUUUGCAUGUAAGCCAAUACAUUUGAUGAUUUAUGUGACAACUUAGUAGAUCCUAAUAUUUCUGUAAUUUUGUAAUUACUUUUAAUUUUUGAUGCUGAAACAAGAGUAUAAUCAUAUUCAGCAGUAAUUCUUCUAAUGAAAGAGUAUUUUAAUAUUUGAUAUUUCAAGAUUUUUACCAAAACAUAGAGCAAAAUUAGAUGAGAUUUUAAGAUUCUAUGAAAAUGAUAUGAUGAAUGCAAAUAUCAUGAUUAUUUAAAGAAGUGAAAAAAGAGACCCCCCUUAAAAAUAUAGAUAAAAAAAUAUAAAAUCAAAAUCUGUUGAAAGCAAAUAAUAAAAUUUGGAGAAUUUAUCACAUGCAAAUAGUAGAAUUAAUCCUUUAAACAAAAUGAAAGAGUUAAGAUAUGCUUACACUUAAAUAGUCUAACCAGUUGAUAAAAUUUAUACUUUGUAAAUAGUUCAUAAGGAAAAUCUAAAAGAAGAAAACAUCAAAUUUUGUUAAAAUAUCAAUUUUAAACUUUAUCAAAUAUCUUUUUUAAUUAAUUUAAGAAAAUAAAUUUCUUACUUCACAAAAAAGACAGAACUUUUGAAUAUAGAAAAAUAUUUAUUUAUAAAGACUGAGUAAAUAAUUAAUUUACUCAUCACUAAUAUUAAAACAAUUAAGAAUAUAUUGUUUAUAUCAGAAUUAAAUUAUAUUUAGAAAUAAUUAAAUUUAAUGAAAACAACUUCCCAAGAAAUUACAAAUAUUUAUAACAAGAUUCCUGCAUAGUUUUUAGAGGGUACAUUAGAAAAUUAAAUAAAAUAAUUAUAAUAAACUCUUCAAAAUAAUAACCUAAUAAAACAUAUUACUACAGAAAUUAUGCUUAGAAUUUUAAUUGCUUAGAAUAUUGAAUAUUAUUUAGCUGAUAAAUAAUCAGUUAAUUUAUUUUUGUUCCCAAUGAAAUUCUAUUUGGGUUUGAGUGAAAUUACAGAACCAGAAGAAAUUGAAAGAUAUCUACAAAGAUCUACGGUUAAAUAGUAAAUUUACAUGUAAAAUGUUCUAAUGAAUUACAAGAAAUAGUAGUAAAUUUAUUGA